GGCGCGCUGGGACCGGGCCUGACCCAGGAGGCAGGGCUGGGGCGGCCCCGGGGCAGGCACUCGGCAGCAGGGAACAGGAGUUGAGGAACCUGGCUUCCAGACACCCGAACCUGGUCCUGGUGAAGCUUGAUGUCCUGAAUCCUGAAAGCAUUACAGAGGCAGCAAGGAUGGUAGAAGAUCAGCUGAAUGGCUUGGGUCUGAAUCUGUUAAUAAAUAAUGCUGGUGUUUACUCAAAGGUGACGCUGGAAACUGUGGAUUCUGAAGAGAUGGUGCAUGCAUACAAGACUAAUCUGGUUGGGCCACUGCUAACAGCCAAGGCCUUCCUGCCCUUGCUGAAGAAGGCUGCUCAGGGAAGCCCCGAGAAAGGAAUGAGCUGUAGGAAGGCAGCCAUUGUCAACAUUUCCACAGUCCUGGCAUCCCUCGAGAAAUCCCCUGAAACAUUCUACAAGCCUGUCAUUUCCUACCGCUGCAGCAAGGCUGCUCUUAACAUGCUAACCAGAUGUCAGAUGCUGAGCUACAGAGAGGAUGGGAUUCUGUGCGCUGCAAUUCACCCAGGCUGGGUGAAAACAGACAUGGGCACCCAGGAGGCGGACCUGACUGUGGAUGAGAGUGUGCGAGGAAUCCUCACAGUGCUCUCUGCCCUCUCCGAGAAACAUAAUGGGAGCUUCUUGAACUGGCUGGGGAAGCCUAUUCCCUGGUGAGAGACCUGCCUGGUGCAUGUGGACUUAGGACAGACAGGCUGCCAUGAGAGCAAGCGGGGGAAAUGAGCUCUCUUCGGUGGUGGUGUCUGCACGUGUACCCAGAAACUAGGGUUAGGUUUUUUAGAGCCCCCAGUGAAUAGAAACUUCCUAUUUGCAAAGGUACUUGUAGGCUCCACAUGCUAUCAAGGGUAGCCAAAAGUGUGAUCUGCAGGGGGGGGCUCCCUUGAGGCCUUUCUGUGAGAUGCAUUGCAGCUCUUCACCUAAGUAGCUAAUAAAUACACUGAAA